GCUGUGUCUGACGUUCUGCUCGAGAUCUUCAGCUGCGAGGUCGACAAGCGUACCCUAGUAGUGUUGGCUCGGACCUGCCGGGCAUUCAAGGAUCCCACGCUGGAUCUCAUCUGGGAGAUCUGUCGUAAUAUUUCAGCCCUGACCCAUGCCUUACCGAAACGCGCGUUGGUGCGUGAUAACAAUGGCAAUAUUGUUGAUAUCAAAACCCUGACGUCAAACGAAUGGGAGAUUUUUCACAGUUACUCAAGUCGCAUUCUCCAACUUGGUGUCCAAGAGGGUGGAGCGACAACGAGUUCUAUCCUCAAGCUCCUACUUGCUCGACCCACGCGCUUAGGACCCCACGCUUUCCCAAGGAUCACACAUCUUCUCAUCAGCGAACCUAAAGACAGACGCCUCUCCCUCGAUUAUUGCGUCUUACUAGGACCACGUUUACUAGAUCUCCGCUUGAAACUCUCACAUGAACCCUCCGACAGCGACUUGAAAACUCCAUCUCUCAUCACUUCUCUCCCGAAGACCUGUCGAGAUCUCGGAUACUUAGACGUCUCGUGGGAGCUAGGUGUCCAGGAUCCUGUUCCCGCCCAACUUGUAAAGGCACUUUCGGAGGCGAUCCCUCACCUAAGAAGCCUUCAGCUCCUUCGCUGUCCGGCUCUGAACACAGAAGCUAUGAUUUCCCUCAGCAAGCUGCCGUUUCUCAAAGUCCUUGAUCUACAUUCCUCACCCGUCUUUUUCGAUUCCAUUGCCGAGGGCAUGCAUAUGAUGAGCAGAAAUCCCCCCUACAUCUUUCGCCACUUGCAGGGCAUUUCUAUGACACUGGAGCACAUUGUUUGCGGGAUCGUCUUCUUGCAUCAGCUUCAGAAUUACCCUUCCUUGUCAAUCACCGUCCAAGCUUCUAUAUCGCCCGAACUCAAGCACAUGGAGUGGUUCCUCCGUCUUGUCGGCGAGAACAGUCCCCCUGACAUGGAGCAGAUUGCCGUUGAGCACCACUGCACCAAGUCAUCUGCUGUCGUCAAGCACGUGCGCGAAAUAGAGGAACUCGGACCUCCAAUCACCAUUAGUACAAUCGCCCCUCUCCUGCGGUUCGAGAAAUUGAGCACUCUCCAGAUCAAUGUCGGGAGUCCGUGCGCGCUCACAGAUGCAGACGUCGACAAGAUGUCUCUCGCGUGGCCGAACCUCGAGCAUCUUUCACUGAACCAGAACACCGGCUGGGGGGACCCUGCUGUGACAGUUGAGGGCCUGUAUGCGCUCGUGCGCAACUGCCGCCGUCUGGAACAUAUUGGUAUGUCGCUCGACGCAUCGCAGCUUGUCGUCCUGCCCUCCUCCACGCCGGCAGACGGUGUAAGGAAUGGCCGCGUGAAGCUGCUAAACUUGGCAGAUUGCGUCAUUGGGGACCCGGCCGUGCUCGUGGUGGUACUUUCGCAGCUUUUCUCGUCAUCGUUCAUACUGCAUUUUGAUUGUCAUGCGUCGUCAUCAACUGCGGAGAGGUUGCCACUUUCGGCUCCCUGGGCUACGAUGAGUUGUUUGAAGGAGCUUCGGGCGAUGGAGGAGGGAGGGGCAUUUGGGGAGACGUGGCCGCCUUCGGAUGAUGUCAUGGAGAGAGUUCGGAAGACGUACGAUGAUGUUGUGGAAAUGACUAGGACCACAGGUCCGAUGGGGCUUUUGACGAGUCUUUUUGGGAAUUUGGCCUCCUUCUCCCAGGAAGCUACAGCAGCGCGAUCGUUCAUCGCUUCCCUCCCAGAUGCGUGUCCCGAUCUCACAAAGGUAGAGAUCAAGUGGAGACCUGGCGGCCAUAAGUCUCCUUCUUGGGCAGUCAAAGUUAUCUCAGACACCAUACCUCGCUUGCGGAGCCUCACGAAUCUGUUUUGUCCGAUGCUAGACAAAACUGCGAUGGCAAACCUCAGCCGUCUGCGAUCUCUGGACACGCUCACUCUCGAUUCGUCGCCUGUCAAAGUCGCUUCCCCCAGCGACUCACUACAUACCAUUAGUAGCCCAGCGAUCUAUGACUUUCGCACCCUGUGUAUUUUGAAUAUCAUCGUCGAGGACGUCCUCGACGCAAUCGCCUUAUCCCAUCGACUUCGAAACUUCCCGAGCUCGUUCUCUGUUGAAACAUGUGCUUCCCCCUCCCUCGAGGCCAUUACAAAGUUUUUCCGCCUCGUAGGCACGUCUCGUGGCGGCGACAUGGUCAGUGUUAUGUUCCGCAUGCAUUGCGCACGCUCGAGCGCUUCCCUGUACAUCCGCAACAUGACGGACUUGGGACCUCCCGUGACACUCGACACAAUCCGCCCUCUCUUGCGGCAUGCCUCCCUCCGCACGCUCAAGGUCGAGGUGAAGAGCCCAUUCGUGCUCACAGAUGGCGAUAUCGAGGAGCUGUCCCGCGCUUGGCCCAACCUCGAUGAGAUCGCGCUGAAUGAAGUCGCCGGCUGGGGCAAACCGAGCGUCACCAUCGAUGGUCUGUACUCGCUUGUCCGCAACUGUUUGCAGCUGCGGUCCAUUGCGCUGCCAAUCGAUGCAUCACAGCUCAUCGACAUUCCCUCCGCCGCACCUGCUGGUGGAGUCAGGAGCAAAAAAGUGGAGGCACUGUCUCUCUCCGACUCGCGCGUGGGGGAUCCCGUUGUUUUGAUUCUGAUCCUCGCGCAGCUGUUCUCCUUCCCCAAGCUCAGGGCUCUGUUCAACCCCUGCGCGUCUCUGCCCUCGGGUGACCCACUUCCGGAAUCUUUCCCGAUGGCGCUCAUGGCAUGUGUGUUCCCGCUCCGUGUUGUGGAGAGGGAAGCCAACGAAUUCGGUGCGACGUGGCCGCCCGAUGUCGGAAUAGUGGAGAAGGUGAGGCUAACCUAUGAAAGGGUCAUAGCAAUGCCUCUACCAAGAGGAUUAUCAAUGGACGACUUCAGUCGGUUUUUGACUGCUUUUGAUGCUACUCAUAGCUACGAAGACGCAACUUAA